AUGACAAUCGAAGACGACGCCGUCGCAGGCGCCACGCUCGAACUCCUCGAGGCCCGCCUCCACCGCCUAACCUACCUCCUCACCGGCGACGCAACCUGGUCCGGCAUUCCCACGCCGCCGCCCAAACCGGCCUCGCUGGACGAGACCGUCUCGCGGAGACUGCAGCAGCUCGAGCGGGACCUUGGUAAACUUAGUAGGGAGGUUCCUGCUGUGCGGGAUAUGAUUCAAUUACACGACACCUUCCCUGACCUGAUCCGCCCAACACCCCCCCGAACCACCCCCGAAACACUCACCACGCAAAACCUCGCCUCAAUCGUCCUCGCCUACGCCUCCGCCUUUCCCGAAACCGCCUCGCGACUAUCGUCCCUGAACGACCUGCCCGUCCCGGACGCGGAGGCCUCCGCUGCGCUGGUCGCGCUGCAGAGUCGGCUCGAUGCGCUGGCGCAGAUCCAGGAGGACCAGGCGGGUGAGGUGGCGGAGUUGAGGGUGCGGUCGGCGAGGGCGCUGCAGCGGUGGUAUGAGGUGGGGGUUGUUGGGAGCGGGGAGUGUUGGGCGGAGUGGGAGGGGAGAUUGGGGGGUGUGGAGAGGGAGGUUAGGAGGGUGGAGGUUUUGAGGGGGAGGAGGGAGAGGGAGGUUUAA